AUGGUCGGAGCUGGUGAAGGAGGACUUGAUAAUGAAUUAGCCCGUGUGAGCGUUGUUGACUACAGUGGAAAGGUAAUUCUGGAUACAUUCGUAAAGCCGCGAAAACCAGUCACAGAUUACAGAACGGCUGUUAGUGGAGUUCAUCCAGAAGAUUUAGAAGAUGCUCCAGAUUUUAAGACCGUGCAGAACCAAGUGAAACUAUCCAUCAAGGGCAAAUUUGUCGUUGGGCACUCGCUCUAUUUUGAUUUUAAGUCCCUGAAAAUAUAUUGUCCAAAAGAACUCAAAAGAGAUACUGCGUUAUACCCUGUAAUUAGAGCAAUGUGGAAUGGGAGCUCACCGUCAUUGAAGAAUCUCGCCUUCCUCGUAUUUGGUAUACAGAUUCAAGAUGGCAUACACGAUUCGGUUGAAGAUGCGAUGGCCUCAAUGAUUGUUUAUAGGCAUUAUGAAAAUCAAUGGGAAGAAUAUGUCCUCCUUCAGGGGUCAAAAGCCAUUUUCGAAGAGCACAUCUUUUGUUAUUACUGUGGACAUAGUGGUCAUAUGAAAUAUGACUGUGAAGCUUGGAAGAAGAACCAACUAAGAUUACUAGCGAAACAAGAAUCGUCGUCUGAAAAUCAAGAAUACUAUGUGCAAUAA